UUUUGUCACUAGGGUAUUCAUUCUGGGGGUUUCCAUCUUUGGGUUUUCUUUUUCUUUUUCUUUUCAAAUCUACAAUCCUGUAUAGCUGCGUCGGAUGGGGUGGGGAGGGGGGUAGCUUUUCGGGAUACUUCACGGUAUGAUUUUCUAUUGUUUUGGUCAAGGGGUGGGGAUGGGCGUGGGGAGUGGGUUUUUAUUAUUAUUCGGGUCGGAUUUUUAUGUGGAGAGGAGCAUGUUUUGGCUACUGCCGUUUUCUUGUACCAUUAUUUUAUUUUAUUUAGCGGAAAUGGGGGACUUGGGUGUAUUUCUCGUGGUUUUCUUUUAAAAAUGGAGGCGUUCUGCGUACUUUUUUUCUUUUCUUUUUUUUCUUU